GGUACUUGGAGAUCAGCGCAGCAGAUUCAAGAUGAGGAACAUCUGCAUCUUUUUCUUCCUGCUACUCUCCUCCCAUCUUGCCUGUGCGCAGCUGUCGGGCCUCAGACAGAGAACGUUUUCUUACUACAAUCACAUGGAGACAUGGAGAGGAGCCCAGUCUUUCUGCAGGGAGAAACACGAUGAUCUGAUCACAAUCAGAAAUCAAACGGAAAUCUGGGAGUUCUACAAGUACCAAGGCUGGCUUGGACUGUACCGAGACGAUGACACGAGCCCAUGGAAGUGGUCCAAACAGGACAAAAUAGCAACCUUCUUCAACUGGGACUUCAACGAACCAGACUCAAACCAACACUGCGCUUAUAAGGUGUCGUUCACCAAUGAGUGGAGGAAUGAUGGGUGUGAUCAGAGACAUAUGUUCAUGUGUUAUGAUGAGUCACUGACUCUGGUGAAGGAGAAUAAAACAUGGGACGAGGCGUUGGAGUACUGCAGGACCCUGAACAAGGCCAACAGCUACGACCUGGCAACCCUCAUCACAGACGACGACCACGACUUUGCAAAAGAGAAAGCCCACCUGGCAACCACUGAGGAGAUGUGGACGGGCCUGCGUUACCUUGGUGAUGAGUGGUUCUGGGUGGGUGGAGAACCGGUGCAGUACCAGAACAUUCCAAGUUGCCCGGCUGAGAGGUGUGGAGUCCUGGAGAAGAACGGCAACUCAUCCUUUGGGAUCAGAGACUGCAAUGAGAGAAGGAACUUCUUCUGUUACAUAAAACCUUAAAUAUACAUACAGUUAACCUUCACCUCAUUAAUCCUGUUGUUAAAUAUAAUUAUGAUCUUUUACAAACUCUACUGUCUUUUAUAGUUUAAAUCUAUUCAAACAUAGAUGAAGAUUAGCAUAAGCUAUUAUGAAUCAUUUUUGACCCAUUUGCUGAUUUGUUGUUUUCUUUCCAUUUGUCAAAUCUGCAGCUGGAAGUAACCAACACAAUUCACUUAAAUGACUUUAGAGCUGUAGUAGGUAACGUUUAGAAAAUAUUUGCUUUUUACAUAUUUGUUAAAAGUGUCACUUUGUCAUGACAGUAGAAUAUGCAACUGAUGAUGUGUGAAAAAAAGAAUAUGUCGAGCUCCUCUGCUUCCUUACUGCCAUGUGCAGAAAUACACAGAAACAACCAGUCUGAGCUAGAAGGAGGGUUUUAGUGCUGUCAAUCAUGUUUGUGUCCAUGCUGCCAGUUUCUCACAACGGAAUCUGUCAAGAAUGCUAAGGCUAGUUAGCAUGUCCACCAAUCAGCUUUCAAAACUUCUCCCUGCUGCUGAUUGUGAUUUAUUUAUGUUUCAUUUUUGUAAUACGUGAAACUGUUCUUGCUCGAAAAUUUUACAUUUGCUCUUUCACAUCUUUACAUGAAGUGAAUUUCAGAAACAUUAUAUCUUCCAUAUUCUUCUGACUAUGGCUAUUCACUUUGUUGGAAAUUUUUCCAAUUACUUACAAUUUAGUAUACCCUCAGUUUGUCUAUUCCAGUGGUUCCCAAAGUGUGGGGUGCGCCCCCUAGAGGGGGCGCCGUGUCAUUGCAGGGGGGCACAGGAAGCGGUAUGGAUGAAU